AUGACUUUACGCAGCAAGCAGACGACAUGGCUCGUUUGGAUGCUUUGGAUCUUCACCCAGGUCGGGUGGUCCUACAAGCUUUCGAUAAAGCUCAACAAGACGGAUCCCGACCCGUUGAAUGUGUCGGAUGUGGUCCAGAAUCUCAGCGGGUUCGUUGAGAACAUGCUGGUCGGCGAAAUGCAGGAGUCCGACUUCUUAUUGCCCGACAUGGAGAAGAAGGGUGAGAAUAGCUCCGAGAAGGAUGAGAAGGGCAGGGGCAUGGGCGAAUUGGGCAAGAGCUUGGAGUUUUUGAUGCUGAAAGUCGCCCAGCUUGAAACCCUCGCUGAGAUGCAGCAGGCUUUGAUUGGCAAGCUGCUGAAGAAGAUCGAUCCCGAUGAUGCGGAGGUCUCACUGGCGCAGAAGACUUCCGAAGAGAGCAUGCAGGAAGCCCAUGACGUCCUGCAGAGGGUGAUCCAGAAGCACGCCCACCAGCGAGAGCACCGGGAGUACCAUCCGGAGGCCCAUCAACCGAAGCCGAAGCACACAGAGGAGGUUGAGGAGCUGGAGGAAGACGACGAGGAGGUCGAGGAGAGCGCAGGCGAGGAGAGCCCUGGACAGCGCAGGGCCCUGAUUCAAAAGCGAGGAAACUGGAUUCCCGGCGUUCCAACGCCUGGCCUCAGGCGCCGAGUCGUACCAGCACCACCCAUUAUCCCCACGAAAGUGCCCUCAGUUCCCAGUGUGCCCGGUGUGCCCUCAGUGCCCGGUGUGCCUUCGGUUCCCGGUGUGCCUUCGUUUCCCGGCGUGCCAUCAGUGCCCGGUCUGGGCAUUCCUGGAGUUCCCGCACUUCCCGGUGCUCCCAACCUUCCGGACAUUCCUGCACUAGUUGCGGCUGCCGUUGAAAGGACCGUGCGCGAAGGCCAAUUUGGCGCGAAUUGCCCAAAACCUACUCCAGGAAUUGGGGCUGACGGGGCCAAGAUCUACGUCAACUUUGGGAGAUGGUAUUGCGCGGCGACCAUACUGGGGCGAAGCAUUACACUAUACGACUUCGAUUUGGGCAGGAGGGAGGUCAACGUGCAUGACAUGCUGCCCUCACAGUUGAGGCAGAUUGCUCGUGGUGACAUCAUGGGGCUCAUGCCUAACCCUGUGAAGCUUGUUGCAGGGACUACGUACGAGGCUAUCCGGACAGUGUUCAGCGUGGGGUGGGAGCUGAUGCAUUGCCAACACCGUGGCCACCACCAUGAUCUGAUUCGGUGUCUUGCACAUUGGGUCUAUGGCCUCGUAAAUCCUCUGCCCUGGCUACCAGAGCCCGUCAAGCUGGUUGCAGGGACUACGUACGAGGCUAUCCGGACAGUGUUCAGCGUGGGGUGGGAGCUAAUGCAUUGCCCAGACCGCAGUCACCAUCAUCAUUUGAUCGCAUGUCUUGGCCAUUGGAUUCAGCACUUGGCCCCACCGCUGCACUGGAUGCCCGAUCCCGUAAAGGCACUUGCGAAUGGCCAUAUAAUGAGCCUCUUGCCGGGAAAGUUGAACCAGAUUGCUAGUGGUGACAUCAUGGGGCUCAUGCCUGGGCCAAUGCAGCUUCUCGGAGGAAGCGAUCCGAACUCUAUCGCAAACAUGAUCACAAUGGGCAAGGAGCUAAUGAAGUGCUCUGAGGCAGCAGCGAAAGGUGACUUGGUGCAGUGCCUCGGCUACAAGAUCAUCGGCCGCGUCCCUCCUCUGAACUUCUUGAAUCGCCUUGGCGACAUCUUCGCAGAGUUCAUCGCAGCCUUCGCCAAGGUGGCCUCCAAGUUGGCGGCUCAAGCCAUAAAGGGAGGGGAAUCGCUGCUGCAGACGGCGGCCACCACGGAGUUCCCCUCUGCCGGCGCUCAGGCGAUGGUGCAUCACAGAGGCGCCAACCUCGUCAUCACGAAGCACUCGCAGAAGAUGCCCGGCAAACACGCCGAGUUGCUGCAGGAGUUGGCCAGCCUGGAGGCCCAAGGGGACGGCGAAGAAGAGGACGACAAGCCUCCGGCCGGCGUGAAAUGGAGUUUUCACGACUAUGGAGCUGAGACCCACGAGCUGGUUACGCAGUUCAACGGCAGGGAGACCGUGACUGGAUCCUGCUUGGCAUUCGCACCCAGAACGAAGACGGGUAGCAAUAACCAGGCCACCAAAAAGGAUUGGCAGGCAGAGACAGAGGACGACUUCGUGAAGCUGGAGCCUUGGGCGGUGCCUUGUGGUGCCGAGUGGAUCAAGGACCAUUGGGACAAGUGGCAAGGAUAUUCCUUCUAUUCGGUUGGCACGUCGAUUGAGAAGUGUGUGACGGUGACCUUCGAGUUGAACAUGCAGCCCGUGGUCGCCUUCGUUGGCGGUGUGCAGUUCGAUUUACUUCCGGGUCCACUGGCCGAAAUCGAUUCUACAGUUUGCUGGCCGAGAUACCAGCCGGGUGGGCUUGACCUCAGCGUUCUGCGCUCCGAGAUCAGGUCCAACGGUGUCAUGCUGUUCAGCCGGACACUGCGCCUGGCGAAGCGGUUUGGCAGCGACACGCACUUCACGUCUGAUAAUGUCCAUGGAAGCCACCAAACCUCGGAAAGCUUCUUUGGGGUUUCAGCGGCGGAGGGAGAGAGUGGAACUGCCAUGGAAUACAUGUCAAGGACCUCACUGCUGCAAAGCAACCGCAGCAGGACGCACGAGAAGGCUCGGCUCAGGGAAUCCUUGUACUGGAAGACGGAGGAGGACGAUCUCUACUUGGCUUCGAUCGAGAUUGGGAAGGACCUGGGUAUCAACAAAACCUCUGAAGCACGAGGGCCUUCAGCUGGGCAGCGCAUGAGUUCCCUUCUUUCGACCUCCGAAGGCCUUGAGCAGGAGGAAACUUUCAAGCUCUUCGGCUUCAAGAACCCAGGUAUGGUGAACUUCGAUAUUCAAGGCCUCUUGACGGGUAAUGUCAUUUAUCUCGGGAUGCAAAUGGGUUUCGGCUACUACCAAAGCCCGCAGAUGAAGAUCCCGUUGUUCAACUUUGCCGAGCAAUUCGCCGCAAUUUUGGCAGCAAUUCCGGAUGAGCUCGUCUCGGAAGAGAGCAGGGCCCGAGCCAUCGCCGCUUUGUUUGACUUCAACUACGCGGACGUCGACAAGGUGCGGCGAGCGUCCAAGGCCGUGAGAAUGACAGAUCCUGCCGCAAAGGCUAAGGAAGACGCAUGGUCCUUCGAAGUGAACUCACCGCCCGUCGGCUCCGGCAUCAAGCGCCAAGACCGCCCUGCCGAGGAGGAGGUUCUCCCCGAGUGCCAGGGCGCCAUCGCGGAAGGCCACAGUUCGUGCUCCCAUCUGCAGGAGCCAGACUGCAACAGCCACUUCGUGACGGUGGGAGAACGCACAAUGCAGUGCACUUGGCUGGACGGACGGUGCUUGGCCAUGGGCUCCCGCUGUCAGACUACUACGAGCACGACAACAUCGACCACAACCUCGACCACCACAACCACCACGGGACUGUUCCACAGAGACCUGGAGCCGGCAGCUCCGUCAUCCAUGGUGGCUUGGUUCAAGAGCGAGGAUGCCAAUCCAGUUUGGAAGAGCGCGGUGGGCAGCUGGCAGGGUCGCGUGACGAAGGGCAGCAUCACCAGAAAGGUCGAGGCUGGAAACGGCGCGACUAAGCCUGUGGGCUACCUGGCCGGCGACAGCAAUGCCGGGUAUGACUUUGGCAAGAUCAUGAAGCCGGACUUCACGAUUUGUUCCAUCUCCCGUUAU